CGGUUCAUGAAUUUCAAGUGUCCACUGUGUGAGUCGACGUUUGACACGCAGGAUGACCUUGGUGAGCACGUUAAAGAGGAACACACGAAGUACUACUACGAUACCUAUCUGCUGGUGCCGAUGGUGCUGAAUGACCUCGCGACAAUUGGCACGACCACCACCGCCGUGGUCACCAGUCCACCGACCAUUUUGGCACCAGAUGCUCCCGAAGCAGAGAUGGAUGGAUGCUGUUGCUGCUGUGGGGAAGACGAUGGUGAUGAUCUGUGCGGUUGUGGAGAUUGUUGCGAAUGUAGUGGAGAUUGCUGUGACUGUGGUGAUUGUUUCGGGUGCGGAGACUGUAUCGGGUGUGGGGAUUGUUCGUGCGAUUGCUCCAUAAUGUGA